AUGAUCAGCAGCUGGACAUCGUCUCCCCACAAUCAUGAUCAGCAGCUAGACAUAUCUCCCCACAAUCAUGAUCAGCAGCUGGAUAUAUCUCCCCACAAUCAUGAUCAGCAGCUGGAUAUAUCUCCCAACAAUCAUGAUCAGCAGCUGGAUAUAUCUCCCCACAAUCAUGAUCAGCAGCUGGAUAUAUCUCCCCACAAUCAUGAUCAGCAGCUGAAUAUAUCUCCCCUCAAUCAUGAUCAGCAGCUGGAUAUAUCUCCCCUCAAUCAUGAUCAGCAGCUGGGUAGAUCUCCCCACAAUCAUGAUCAGCAGCUGGAUAUAUCUUCCCACAAUCAUGAUCAGCAGCUGGAUAUAUCUCCCCUCAGUCAUGAACAGCAGCUGGAUAUAUCUCCCCACAAUCACGAUCAGCAGCUGGGCAUACCUCUCCACAAUCAUGAUCAGCAGCUGGACAUCGUCUCCCCACAAUCACGAUCAGCAGCUGGAUAUAUCUCCCCACAAUCAUGA